GCUGGGGUGCUGACGGCGGCGGCCCCACUGUGAGCGGAGCCCGGCCUGGGCAGCGGCAGGGCCGUAGGACCUCGCGCAACGUCCGGGCUCCGGGGCGGGGGCUGCGGGGGCGAAGCCCCCUCCCCGGGGAGGCGGGGCCUAGGCGAGCUCCCCGCUUGGGGAGCGGCGGCGGCCAGGAAAGAUGCAUCAGAAGCUGCUGAAGAGCGCACAUUAUAUCGAGCUGGGCAGCUACCAGUACUGGCCCGUCCUGGUGCCCCGCGGCAUCCGCCUCUACACCUACGAGCAGAUCCCCGUGUCCCUCAAGGACAACCCGUACAUCACCGACGGCUACCGGGCCUACCUGCCCUCCAGGCUGUGUAUCAAAAGUUUGUUUAUUUUAUCUAAUGAGACGGUAAACAUCUGGAGUCAUUUGCUGGGUUUCUUUCUCUUCUUCGCGCUGGGAAUAUAUGACAUGACAUCUGUGUUACCUUCAGCAAGUGCCUCCAGGGAAGACUUUGUAAUUUGUUCUAUUUGCCUUUUCUGCUUCCAGGUCUGUAUGCUUUGCUCUGUGGGCUAUCAUCUUUUUUCCUGCCAUCGAUCAGAAAAAACCUGUCGAAGAUGGAUGGCAUUAGAUUAUGCAGGAAUUUCUAUUGGAAUACUGGGCUGCUAUGUCUCCGGCGUAUUUUAUGCAUUUUAUUGUAAUAAUUACUGGCGUCAGGUGUACUUGAUCACAGUGCUUGCUAUGAUCCUGGCGGUGUUCUUUGCUCAGAUUCAUCCCAAUUACCUCACACAGCAGUGGCAGAGGCUCCGUUCUAUCAUCUUUUGUUCUGUUUCGGGAUAUGGAGUGAUCCCUACUCUUCACUGGGUUUGGCUCAAUGGAGGAAUCGGUGCUCCUAUUGUACAGGACUUUGCACCCCGUGUAAUUGUGAUGUAUGUGAUUGCUCUUCUUGCUUUCCUAUUCUACAUUUCCAAAGUUCCAGAAAGGUAUUUUCCAGGACAACUAAACUACCUCGGAUCAAGCCACCAAAUAUGGCAUGUCCUUGCAGUAGUGAUGUUAUAUUGGUGGCAUCAGUCAACAGUAUAUGUCAUGCAGUACAGACAUAGCAAGCCUUGUCCUGACUAUGUUUCACAUUUGUGAAUUCAGGUAUGGCCACCUGGUGUAUUCAGUUAUUAAGCAAUAUAUAACGGGGAGUUGUAUACCCCACUAUUUCUAAGAUUCCCAUUAGUUUUUCCUUUUCCCUCUAGUUUGAUGUAUCAUGAGUAAUACUUUAUAAAAAUGGAAAAAUAUACUUGGGGAUCUGUAAGAGUAACUGUUUUAUGGGCCCUUAAGACUACUAAUUUGCUGCUUGUACAGAAAGUGAAAAUUAGUUGGCAUUCAUAACAAACAUCUGAAUGACAAUGAAUGUGAAGCCAGUGUAGAAAUAGUACUCCUUUUACUGAACACCAGCUUAACUUCCUUAGGAAGGGCUCACCUCCAUUAUAAAAUGGAGUCCUCUUGUGUGAUUCCUUUAAUAGGAGAUACUUAGAGUAGAUGAUCAAUUUUAAGUGCCUAAUCAAGGCAAGGUUUGCGAUAGCCUGUGUUUAACACAAGCUGAUAGUGAUUUUGAGUAAUCACUAGCCUGUCAAUGGAUGGUUUGUGAGAAACCGGCACUUAAGAUAUUAUUUCCUUCAGCUGUAGGUUCUCUUCUCCCUAGGAACAUUGGAUUCUUUAGUUUGCUAGAACAAAAACUUUAAUUUAAACCCCUUCUCCUUUGAGAGAGGUGUUGAGAAAGGGAAAAGAACUUGCAUUGUCAUUUCCCAUCAGAUAAAAGUCAUGUUAAGGGCUUCCCUGGUGGCACAGUGGUUGAGAGUCCGCCUGCCGAUGCAGGGGACACAGGUUCGUGCCCCGGUCCGGGAAGAUCCCACAUGCUGCGGAGUGGCUAGGCCCGUGAGCCACGGCCGCUGGGCCUGCGCGUCCGGAGCCUGUGCUCCGCAACGGGAGAGGCCACAGCAGUGAGAGGCCUGCGUACCGCAAAAAAAAAAAAAAAAAAAAAAAGUCAUGUUAAGAACCGAUUACAUGACCAGGCAACAAAUUCUGUGGUCUAAAAACCAAGUUAUUAGCCAUUUAAGCUUUUCAAUUUCAAAUAUUAUUUAAUUCCAUAUAAUUGAGCUCUUGCCAGUAGACGGUAGAUUUGAGGUUCCAAAAUUCCUAUAACAGAAGAUUUUCACUUCUCUUGAGUUUGCAGUCUUCAAUUUCCUGGUGAUAGGGGUUCCCAGGUACAUGGGUGCUACUUUCAAGGGCAUAGAAUCCAGAUGGCCCAGUUCUUGACCCUGAAAUGAACCUUAAGCCUUAGAACAAAGUCAUGCAGAUGCCCCAGUUGAUGACAUGAUUAUUCACCUGUGCUCUGGUCUUUCUCUGUUUAUGCAUGUGUUAGUAUUGCACUGAUAACUCACAGUAUUGAUAUACACUAUCUAAUAUUUGGGCCUGAAACUGCAUUGUAUAUACCUAAAAAAUAGAUCUCGCUGCCCUAUUAUACAAUAUAGCACUCUUGUUCUCUGGUCUUUUCAUAUGCAUAAGUUAAAUCCCAUAAAGCAGUCAUUUAUAAAAACAUGUUGUCUAUUGGAAUAUAAAAUAUUACCCAAGUUUCUUAAUGGGUUGACAUGAACUGCUUUAAAUACUGGUGUAUCUUCAGAACAUUGGAAUUUCUAAGUAUCAGGAGGUGUUGAUUGAUGGUGAAGCUUAUUCCCAAAAUGUCGUUUAUACAUCUGAUAUUUGGAAUGUUACUUUAGUGUGCCUCAGUUUAUGCAUCUGUAAAAUUUUGUAUUUCUUUUCAUUGUAGUGUUUUUGGAAUAUGAAUUCCCCAUGCUAGUAUCUCAGCAAGGAGAAUUCUCCCCCAGUAGGCUAAGGGCACACCACAUUAUACCCCUUAUUAUGAUGGAACGCCACUUUGAAAAUGGCCAUUUUACCUCAUAGGGCCAGAAAUUUGAUUCAUAUGUUAAGUGAAAGAAGAUUUUAGUGAAAUGAUAAUAGGAUAUAUUUUCCCUAAAGCAUCCCUUAUUGGCUUACAUGGUAUUACUGCUUUUAAACAGAUAUUUUGUCAUUUUGGUCAAACAGAAUAUACUGUGUAGUUAUAAUUAAUAUAAAAAAGGAGAAGUCUAGUUAUUUUAGGUCUGGUGCCAUUUUUUUAUUACAAAAUCUUCUCAAAAUAAAAACAUAUUGAACUUUAAAUUUCAUUUUCUUUUAAUUUUUAGAAAUAGUCUUUUGUUAUAGUGUAUGAAUUAUUUAAUACUUGCCAUCUGAAUUAAUCGAUAAAAAGACCAUGCUUUAAGACUGUUCUUGAAUUUGAAAAGCAUACAGGUCUGACUGUAAAGGAGAACUAAAUUAUACCAUGUAAACGUUUCAUCUUUUUAUGAAAAUAUUAAAUAUUGUAAGAAAGUUCUUUUUAUCUUUACUAUAAUGUACUUAUUAUAAAGUAGGGAAUGAAUGAAUGUGGAUUGCUGUCAACUAUAAACACUUCUGUAUAUCAGCAUUUAUUGACCACCUACUGUGUGCACAUCACUACUGGCAAAAUUUUUAAGACAUUGUUAACAUUAAAGAAUAUUUAAAAAUUGCCUAUGAAUCUGAGCCUUGUAAUGUAUAUUUAUUUUUGUUUUGUAGAUUUAUUAAAAUAAGAUUAAAAGUACACUAUUCAGCUACAGUACUAAAAAAGACUGGUUUUAAUUUUACCAGUUUGUAAACUAUAAAAGCUCUUUACCUACAGAUUUACAUUUUAAAAUUAUUCAUGGCUGUUUUAAAUUGUCUAUAGUGAUUUGUAAGGUUGUAGUUAACUCAUUUAAGAGAAUUAUCUUUAUAUAUAAAACCAUUUUCAAAUAGCAAGACAGUGCUUGUCUUUCUUGUUACACUGAGUGCGGUUCAUGAGCUGCAUGGCAAAAUAUGUAUUAUGUAAAUA